AUGGCAGAGCCGGGCCCGGAGCCGGGUCGUGCGUGGCGGCUGCUGGCCCUGUGCGGGGCUGCGGUGUUCCUGGCAGCAGCGGCGGCCGGAGGGGCGCUGGUGGCCUGGAACCUGGCGGCCUCGACUGCCCAGGGCGUACUCUGCCCUGAGCCCGAGCAGAUUAACGCCACGGUGUGGACCCCAGACUCGACACCUGAAGUCGAAGAACUGCGGAGGCAGCUGGCAGAAGCUGAGAGGCUCCAGGAGAGCCUGGCUACGCGGCUGCAGCGUGCUGAGGGCGAUAGGAGGGAGCUGGAGGUGGUGUUCAAGGCCUGCAAGGACCGCCAGAGCUGGCUUCAGACCCAGCUGAAGACCCUGAAGAUUGAGAUGGAUGAGGCCAAAGCUCAAGGCACACAGAUGGGGCUGGAGAAUGGAGAACUGACAGAAGCCUUGGCUCGCUGGGAGACAGCAGCCAUUGAGUCCAAGCAACUGCUGGAAGCCACUCUACAGCGCGUAGGCGCAGCAGAGGCAGACGGAGAAGCUUGCGUUGGCCGCGAGGCGGCGCUGAAGGAGCGCAUUUACGCCCUGGAAGCCGAGCUCGGCAACCUGCAGAGAGUAUCGCGCCCCCGCCCCCGCUCAGGAUCCAGGUCCAAGCCCAGCAUCCACUCCCGCCCGAGGUCUGGACCCACUAAGAGUUGCCGGAGGCCACCUCGUGACCCCCAGUAA